GAGCGUGAAAUCGCCGUGAAUGGAUGCUUCCGAAGUGGGGUUGGCUGUCGAGUGACUCUCAGGGAGGGUGGCCUGGCCAUCUCCUAAUCUUCUAUUUGGGGGCAGCCACUAAAGGUCAUGUCCAGGUGGAAGGCAAGGCUGGCUGAAAGACUGAAAUCUCCAUCUAGAAGGAUGCAUCCAUUCCCCUGCUCAGCUCUGCUUGCUUGCUUUGGGAACACAAGGGAGACUGCUGCCUUCGAUCAGCCCAGCGCAGCCGAUACCCCUUCCACCGUCUUUGUUCAGCCCGAGGCCAAAGCGGGCCGACACCCAAGUCACCCACGAAGGGAGGAAGGAACUCCAGAGAAAAGGCGAGAUGCCGGCACCCGUUCAGAGAGAAAUGGCAGUGCGAACCGGAAUUCAAGUAACCACACUGCUGUCCAGCCCGCGGGGACCCCUGUGGAUUUGCCCAGGUCUCUAGAUGGGGCAUCGGACUGUGAAGCAGUUACUUUUCAGACUUCUAUUCCCAGACCGUCAAUUAUUGAAAUGCCAGCGGUGAGUGCUCCCAGCGUUACUGUAGGAGGAGUGGCGUUGGGGGAGAGUCCUGUGUUUGGUUCUCAAAGGAUGCGGAGGGAGGCCAUGACAACAAGCAGCAGGGCCUUGGCAAUGGCCAGCGUUGACCUUCACCUGCCCGUGGUGCUCCAGAGCCAGCAGUGUCUCAACACAAGAGGAGGAGAAAUAGAGUCAGGAAAAGCAUUUAAAAGUUUUUACUGGUUUGUGAAUUUAUCUGUAUGAAGAUCCACAAUACGAAAGAUUUGAUUAUAGAAUUUAAGAAGUUACCUCUACUUAAAAUGAAUCGCAUGAUAUUUGGGAAAAUUUGGAAAGGACGAUCCCUGUACGCAUAGCAGUAAAGAAAGGAACUGGGGCUUCCCUGGAGGCGCAGUGGUUGAGAGCCCGCCUGCCGAUGCAGGGGACACGGGUUCGCGCCCCGGUCCGGGAGGAUCCCACGUGCCGCGGAGCGGCUGGGCCCGUGAGCCAUGGCCGCUGCGCCUGCGCAUCCGGGCCUAUAAACCUAUUCAUAAUGGGGAUGUUUCUGUGAUCGUUUUCUGAGACUGAAAGGCAGGAGAGGGAGUAGUUUGAAAACAAUGGUGCUGUUGCUCUUAAAAGGCAGCAUCUUGAGUUAUUUGUGUAUCUACUUUCCAGUUUCUGGAAUUAUUGGAU